CCCCGAUAUCUUAAUUCUUACCCCACCCCGGAUAAGGCAGAGAAGGGGAGAAAAGGAGAACAGCAAAUGGCGGGAAAAGAGAAGGCGUGGUGCGGGAAUGGGAGAGCGAAGAUGGAAGGAGAUGUAUGCUGGAGAAAACAGGUGGAUCAGAAUCUGAAGAGGCUCCACUCUCUUCUCUUCGGAUCCGAUCUCGCUCUCCACGAAGGUGAUUUCUCGUCGGCGCAAGUCCUUGGCCUCAGUCUCAUCGGCUUCCUUGAUUCUCAUUCUCACUCCGACGUCGAUGAAGCCUUCAUUCGUCCCAUUCGCUCCCAAGUUUACUCGAAAAUCCAUCAAGCUCGCCGAUCACUCAUUCCUGAUUCUGAUCGCCAAGCAUUUGAACAGGCAGGAAGAGUUCCAGGUCGUGUUUUUGGCAUGAGAGGUGAUAUUGACAUUGAGAAGAUUAAGCAGUCAAAGUAUUUCCGUGCUCUUCUUCAGCAAUCAAAGGGAGGAGCUGCAAACGAAUUGGUGGACCAAUUAGGCAGGCAAGACCAAUUGAGUUUCAAGGCAUCCAAAGUUCUGACACAAUCAAAGUUGAUAUCCUUGUAUGGAAAUGACAAGAGUUCAUACAAGAGUUCUAUGCACUCAAAGAGUAACAGCUCUGAGGACUGUGUUAUUGUAGAAAAGGCUCACUCAUAUCACAGUCAUCCUAAAGGUCAAGGUGCCUCUGCAUUUUUGAAAGUUGAAGAGGAAGAAAGAGCCCAUGGAAAUGGUUUGGGGACAAAACGUGGACACAUGGAAAUUAGUAGCCCCGGGAAUGAUAUUGCGAAGUCGCCAUCAAGCAAUGAAGAAACCCAAAACGAUGGUUUUGGUAAAGGUUUUGUAACUGCCAGAGCAAAACUGGAAAUGGAUGCAAGGCAAAGACGAGGUUCAGCAGGGUCACCUAGUGCUUCUGUUUCACCUCAAAGUGAUAACAAUUUCACCAGUAGGGGUUAUGGUGCAAAAUCAUAUGGUUUUCCACGCCGUGGCAUCCGUGGUAAUUUUGUUCCUCCUAUCAGAUCCAAUGGGGGCAAUGCUAGUAAUAUGACCUCACAAAUUGCAGGAAAGGGCGAUGAUGCUUUAGAUGACUCAACAAAGAGAUGCUUGGAAAUGUUAUAUGGGCCUGAUGGUGAAGUUCCUGAGAAAUUAAGGAAUUUGGAACCUCGUCUUAUUGAACAUGUCAGUAAUGAGAUAAUGGAUAGGGAUCCCAAUGUUCGGUGGGAUGAUAUUGCUGGUCUGGAGCAUGCUAAAAAAUGUGUAACUGAGAUGGUUAUAUGGCCUUUAUUACGUCCUGACAUAUUUAAAGGCUGCCGUUCUCCAGGAAGAGGUCUUCUUCUUUUUGGUCCACCAGGAACAGGUAAAACAAUGAUUGGGAAAGCUAUAGCUGGAGAGGCUAAAGCAACAUUUUUCUACAUAUCUGCCAGUUCAUUGACAAGCAAGUGGAUUGGUGAGGGUGAAAAGCUAGUGAGGGCUCUUUUUGGAGUUGCCAGUUGCCGCCAGCCUGCUGUAAUAUUUGUUGAUGAAAUAGAUUCACUUCUGUCUCAGCGCAAGUCAGAAGGUGAGCAUGAAUCAAGUAGACGGCUCAAAACUCAGUUUCUCAUUGAAAUGGAAGGCUUUGACAGUGGGAGUGAGCAAAUUCUGCUUAUAGGAGCAACUAAUAGACCCCAGGAACUUGAUGAAGCAGCAAGGAGGCGACUUACCAAGCGACUCUAUAUUCCCCUCCCUUCUUCAGAGGCAAGAGCAUGGAUCAUACGAAACCUCUUAGAGAAGGAUGGAUUAUUUAAGCUUUCAAAGGAGCAUAUUGAUACCAUAUGCAAGUUAACUGAAGGGUAUUCAGGAUCAGAUAUGAAGAACUUGGUGAAGGAUGCAUCUAUGGGCCCACUGAGAGAAGCUCUGAGGCAGGGCAUAGAAAUCACAAAGCUGAAAAAGGAGGAUAUGAGGCCAGUAACUCUUCAGGACUUUGAGAGUGCUUUGCAAGAGGUGAGGCCCUCUGUUUCUUUGAAUGAACUUGGUACAUAUGAUGAUUGGAACAAACAAUUUGGAAGUUUGUCACUCUAGGGGUCAAGCUUGUUUAAUGUAGUUUGAAGAUAGAGGAAAACUAGAGCUUUGUAAGCAGCCUUUGGUAACUUCAGCCAGUCCAUGAAGUUUUCAGAAGCAUAACCUCUGGAAUAACAAUUAUCAUUCACUCUUAGGUUUGCAAAAAUUUGAUCAAGGCACCUUCCUGUUGGAUUAUACUGUAGUCUGGCAGAAGUUUUUCCCCUAGUGUCACACCUUUAGCAUGAACAACCGCAUGAUAUGUUUAGCAAACCAACAAAAAUUUUAUUUGUUUGAUUCCAGUCCGUGAUUGGCCC